UUUUCGACUAUUGAGAUCUAUGGGUCAACGUUCCACACACCCCCCACCUCUCCUCUCUCCUUCCUCCCCCCACAGACACCUGGCUCCUCUUUUCGAUAAUCCGAAGCUGGACCGGGAACUCCGGGCGAUGCUUAGAGAGAAGUUUCCAGAAUUCUGCACUUCUCCUUCUCCUCCGGUCGAAGUCAAAGUCGAGGAACCGACGGCUGCCGAGAUGGACAACCACAUGUCCGACCGAGACGACGGCUGCUACGACCACGCUGAAGCCACCUUUAGCGACGACGAGGAAGACGUCAACAGCAAAGGUGGGGUAGAUAGGGGCGGCCUGGUUUUCCCCAGCG